GCCCAGAUUUCAGAGCGUCAGAGAACCCAGGAGUCUUCAGCCCCAUCCUGCUCCUGCAGCUGGUCAGUCACCAGAAGGAUGAAGGUCAUCCUGCCUCUCCUGGUCUUCCUCCUCAUUCUUGUUGCCCUUCACUCUGAGGCCAAUGAAGAACCAGUUAAAUUAAACCCCACUGCGUGCUGUUUCACCUACACCACACGGAAGGUCCCACUCCGGUUUGUGAAACGUUAUGAUAGAACCAGUGACCAGUGCUCCACCCCAGGGGUCAUCUUCCUUACCCGACAUGAACGACAGAUCUGUGCCAACCCCAAUGUUCCCUGGGUGCAGGAGUACAUCAGACACCUAGACAACAUGUCUAUGUGAUCUGGGAGCACUGGGGUCCGCAUGGCCAAGGGAGCUUGAGGACAGGCCACAGAGCCCGCUCCCUCCCCAACUCUCUCAGCCCCAGAAGGUCCCUGGGAGUUGUCCUGCCCCAAAUUGAAGUUCUUUCUGGCUUUUCUGUGCUCCCAUUCUCUGAUGAAUCCUGCUCUUUCCUGAAGCUUCACUUUGACACUGCCCUCUGGGACCUGAGGACACUGUGGCCCCCAGACAUUAUCUGUCUCCCCUUUGCAGGCAGCCAGUUGUUGAAAUAAAGCCGUGCCACAGAAAGGAAA